CCAUUUGCUUCAUAAGAACUGCAACGGUUCGUGAAACAUCGUUGUGAAAGGUGUCUCGUGUUGAAUACUAAACGCGUUUUGUCUGAUUGUCCCAUGGAGCUUGCCGUAGCCACAUGAGCGCCCAAUGUUUUCAAGAUGACUGGCAGUAAAAGCAGGUGUCUAAACUCCAUUAGUCAGGUGCUUCUGACACUUCUUAUACUUCGCUGUCUACAGUGCCACUCCAGGCCUCACAGUUAUAACAGUAAACCGCUUUCAGAAAUAUCCAAAGAGAUUUUUAAGUACUCUGACAUCGCUCAGCGAAUCAUAAACCUAGCAGUGUAUGGCAAGGCUCAGAACCGUUCCUAUGAGAGGCUGGCUGAGUUCACUGACACUGUUGGAAACAGAGUCAGUGGCUCUAAGAACCUAGACCUGGCCAUUAAGUACAUGUACAAUGCCCUGACACGGGACGGACUGGAGAAUGUGCAUCUAGAGCAAGUGAAGAUCCCUCACUGGGUGCGGGGGGAGGAGAGCGCGGUGAUGCUUCUACCGAGAAACCACACUUUAGCCAUACUUGGGCUUGGUAGUAGUGUUGGAACUCCUCCAGGAGGUAUAGAGGCAGAGGUAAUGGUGGUGGAGUCUUUUGAAGAGCUCAAAAAGAGAGCGAGUGAGGCUAAAGGGAAAAUCGUUGUGUAUAACCAGCCGUUUGUCAGCUAUGGGGAGACCGUAGCCUAUCGGGCUUCAGGGGCCUCAGAGGCUGCUAAGGUUGGAGCCGUGGCUUCACUUAUCCGUUCAGUAACUCCAUUCUCCAUCAACAGCCCCCACACUGGCUGGCAGUGGUACCAGCCUGGAGUGCCUCAGAUCCCCACUGCCUGCAUCACUGUCGAGGAUGCCCAGAUGAUGGCCAGGAUGGCCCGCAGAGGCCAGAGGAUUGUGAUGCGUCUGACUAUGGGGGCCCAAACACUGCCAGAUGUUGACUCCUACAACAAUGUGGCUGAAAUCACAGGCAGCAAGCAUCCUGAACAGGUGGUGCUGCUCAGUGGUCACCUGGACAGCUGGGACGUGGGCCAGGGCGCUAUGGAUGAUGGAGGUGGGGUCGCCAUUUCCUGGGAAGCACUUUCUUUGAUCAGAGACUUAGGGCUGCGUCCCAAAAGAACACUGAGGACGGUGCUGUGGUCCGCAGAGGAGCCAGGCGGGGUGGGAGCUGCUCAGUACUUCCAACAGCACAAAGCAAACAUCUCGAACUUUGACCUGGUAAUGGAGUCUGACCUGGGCACCUUCAGUCCUCUGGGACUGCAGUUCACUGGCAGUGACAAAGCUCGGGCAAUCAUGAAGGAGGUGAUGAAACUGUUGGCUCCCAUCAAUGUCACGUCGCUUGAAGAACAUGGAGAGGGAACAGACAUUAACAUGUGGAUGAAGGCUGGGGUUCCAGGCGCCAGCCUGCACACUGCAGACCAGAGGUACUUCUGGUUCCACCACAGCGACGGUGACACAAUGAGCGUCCAAAACCCAGAGGAGUUGAACCUGUGUUCUGCUGUUUGGGCUGUGGUGGCCUAUGUGGUCGCUGACCUGGAGGAAAUGCUCCCCAGAUAGUGAGUCACUCACAAACGACUGAACAAACCCCUGUCCAUCAGCUUACAGCAGUCGGUCGAUCACACCAUUACCUUGAGAGUUCUCUAUCAGCCUGAGAUUUUUUUUUUGUGGUUUGACUUCAUCAUAACCUCAGGUACACUCCUGAUCAAUAUAUACUGCUACUUU